AUGCCGACAGCCAACUACGACUCGCGCACCCUGUCCAUCGACGGCAAACGAAUCUGGAUCGUCUCCGGAUCCAUGCACUUCCAGCGCAUCCCCCACGAACUCUGGGAAGACCGCAUCCGCGCCGCCAAAGCCGCGGGCGUCAACACCAUCGAGACCCCGAUCUUCUGGAACCUCAUUGAGCCGCGUCCAGGAUCCUACAACUUCAAAGACAACAACGACAUCAAGCACUUCCUCUCGCUGCUCGCCAAGCACGAGAUGUACGCGAUCAUCCGUCCCGGCCCGUUCGUCGGCGCCGGAUGGGACCUCGGCGGUCUCCCCGCUUGGCUCCUGAAUAUCCCAGAGGUCAAGCUCCGCGCCCCGAACCAACCUUUCCUCGAAGCCGUGGGCAAGUACUUCAAUGCACUCGCCAAGCAGAUCAAGUCCAUGCAAGCGUCCGUCACCAAAGGCGGCCCGCUCAUCAUGAUCCAGAACGAGUCCCAGUGGGACUGCGACGAUCAGCAAGCAGCACCAAAGUAUCUCGGAGAGCUCGCACGCUACCUCCGAGAAGCCGGAUUCGCGGUCCCCAAGAUCAACGCCAACAACCUCUGGCAAGGUGUCGAGGGCGAGAUCGAUGGGUGGACUGGUGAAGGCGACAUGUUCGCGAUCAUGCGCCAGCUCAAAGCCGUGCGCCCAGACCAGCCCACCAUCGUCAUCGACUACGGCCCGCUCCGUCGUCCGAUCUUCGGACAAGAACUCGAAGCACCGGUCGAUGGAUACACCCUCCAGCGCCAGCUUGGAGAGAUCAUGUCCGCAGGAGGUCAGUUCAACCUCGCGAACUUCAUGUCCGGCACCUCCUUCGGAUUUUGGGCCGGACAAGCUUCCGCCGGAGAACCCUGCGCCUAUGCACCUACCUACGACGCCGGCGCGCUCAUCGACGAGCACGGCCGCAUGACCAACGAGAUGGGACCAGUGCGUCGCCUGCUGACCUUUGGAUCUUCGUUUGCCAAUGUGCUGGCGCACACCGAGAACAACACCCCGCCGGUCGUUAUCGAUCCAGUCGUCGAUGAGGACGCGAUCCAGGGGCACAUCGUCAACCAGAUGAACGGCUCUCAAGGGAACAUCAUCUUCAUCUUCUCUCCGCCGAAGGCCAAAGCCGGAACCAUCAACCUCCUGCUCUCAGACGGAUCUUCACUCCCAGUGCGAUUGGGGUCCCAACGCGUCCACUGGUGCUUGACCGAUUACAACAUCUCCUCAAAGCACACGCUUGAUUACACCUCACUCUGUGCUCUGAGCACCACUGAAGACAUGCUCGUGCUCUUCGGACCCGGCGGGGGGAUCGGCGAAGUCUCCAUCAACGCAUCACCACUCGUUGUCGAGGUUCCGAAGGGGCGCAAGCCGGUUGCAGUGAUGCAUGAGGGGAUCUGUGUUGUCGUUGUUUCCGAAGAUGUUAUCGACGAAACAUUCAUGCAAGGCUCCGAAGUCUUCGUCGGUGUGCAAGGGCUCACAGCAGAUGGAGAACCAAUCCCAUCCGCAAACGGCAAGACGCACACUCACAUCACACCUGACGGAAACGCGAAGACCACAACCACGAAGUACCAAGAUCGUGAUCCUGGAGAGAAAGCACCAAAGAUCGCUCUGGGGAACUGGGAGUGCGCCCAAACCGAACUCCAUAUCGAUGGUUCGAGCCCUCGCUACGCCGUGAUCCCAGGUCCAGCAGACCUUUCAGAGCUUGGAACACCAUACGGCUACGGAUGGUACAAAAUCGAAGUGAAAUCACUUCCGAAUGGAAAGGUCAACUUCGUCGCUCCGAGUUCAAGUGAUCGUAUCCAGUUCUUCCUCGACGGCGAUCCGAUCGGCAUGAUCGGAGCAGGACCAGGCGCUUCCGAUUCGAUCGCACUACAACUCAAAGCAGGAUCCGAUAGUUUGAUCGCACUCGCGGACAACACCGGAAGGAUCUCCGGCGGUUCGGUCAUGGACGAGAACAAAGGUCUCUACGGGCACCUCGUUGAGAACACCCCGUUCAAGCCUGGGAAGCCAAAGGUUGUCACUGGUGAUCCGAUCGAUGUCCUUGGAUAUUCGACUCCAGUCUUCGGUGUGCGUGAAGGAGAAACCACACACCACAACCGACUGCAGUGGUCCUUCAAGCACCUCAAAAAGUCUUCGAUCUAUUUGGAGAUCCCGCCGAUCAACGCACGCGUGAUCGUCGUACUCAACGAAGAACCAAUCAAGCUGAUCGGCGCGAUGCGCCGCACAACGAUCGAACUUGACGAUGAAGCCACCAAGCGAGGCAACAAUGUCCUUGAGCUGGCGCUGCAUCUGGAUUCGCCGAGCCAUGAACUCGCUGAUGAACUGUCCGAGGAGAUCCUCGCAACGCUUACAAAGCAAGUGAAGUUCAUCGAAGGUGCCAAUGUCAUUUCUGAGAAAUGCGAAUGGUCCUUCGCCAAAUGGGAAGCACCUGCAGAGAUCGACUUUGACUUAGUCAGCAAGUCCAAGCUUUCAUCAACUGGGAAGCCGAGCUGGUGGAAGACCACCUUCCAAGCUCCAGAGAUGGAUCUCGCGAUCUCGCUCGACACGAGCGGGCUCACCAAGGGUCAGGUGUACAUCAACGGCAACGCGUUGGGGCGCUACUUCACUUCGACUGCAGACGGCAAGUCAGUGGAGCCAACGCUCAAUCUCGCGAUUCCUUCAUGCUGGAUCAACGAAGACUCAAACAACGAGUUAUUGAUCUUCGAUGAGCACGGCGCCUCACCCGCAAAGGUGAAACUGAUUGUUGAAAGGCGUUAA